AUGUUACCGUCCAAAUUGCAUGCGCUUUUCUGCCUCUGCACCUGCCUUGCGCUGGUUUAUCCUUUUGACUGGCAAGACCUGAAUCCAGUUGCCCAUAUUAAAUCAGAAGCAUGGGUCAGUAAGAUGCAAGCUCUCAUGGCUGCCGCAAGCAUUGGCCAAACUAAAAUCCCCAGAGGAAAUGGAUCUUAUUCCGUCGGUUGUACAGACUUGAUGUUUAAUUACACUAAUAAGGGCACCUUCUUGCGUUUGUAUUAUCCAUCUCAAGAUGAUGGUCACUCUGACACCGUUUGGAUCCCAAACAAAGAAUAUUUUUGGGGUCUUAGUAAAUUUCUUGGAACACACUGGCUUGUGGGCAAAAUUAUGAACUUAUUCUUUGGUUCAAUAACAACUCCUGCAGCCUGGAAUGCACCUCUGAGGACUGGGGAAAAAUAUCCACUAAUUAUUUUUUCUCAUGGUCUUGGAGCAUUCAGGACGAUUUAUUCUGCUAUUGGCAUUGAUCUGGCGUCCCACGGGUUUAUAGUUGCUGCUGUAGAACACAGAGAUGGCUCCGCAUGCUCGACGUACUAUUUCAAGGACCAGCCUGCUGCAGAAAUAGGCAGCAAGUCUUGGCUCUAUCUCAGAACCGUAAAGCGAGGGGAGGAGGAGUUUCCUUUACGAAAUGAGCAGGUUCGGCAACGAGCGAAGGAGUGUUCUCAAGCUCUCAGUUUGAUUCUGGACAUUGAUCAUGGGAGGCCAGUGACGAAUGUAUUAGAUUUAGAGUUUGAUGUGGAAGAGCUGAAGGACUCUAUUGAUAGGGAUAAAAUAGCAGUUAUUGGACAUUCUUUUGGUGGAGCCACAGUUAUUCAGACUCUUAGUGAAGACCAGAGAUUCAGGUGUGGCAUCGCUCUGGAUGCAUGGAUGCUUCCCAUGGGUGAUGAAGUAUUUUCCAGAAUUCCUCAACCCCUCUUUUUUAUCAACUCGGAACGAUUCCAAUAUCCUUCUAAUAUCAUAAGAAUGAAAAAAUGCUUCUUACCUGAUAGGGAACGAAAAAUGAUUACAAUCAAGGGUGCAGUCCAUCAGAAUUUUGUUGACUUCACUUUUGUCACUAGCAAAAUGAUUGGCUACCUAUUCACACUGAAAGGACACAUCGAUUCCAAUGUAGCCAUCAGCCUUAGCAACAAAGCUUCCCUAGCAUUCUUACAAAAACAUUUAGGACUUCAGAAAGAUUUUGAUCAGUGGGAUUCUUUAGUUGAAGGCGAAGAUGACAAUCUUAUUCCAGGGACCAACAUUGACACAACCAACCACGAAGCCACUCUGCAGAACUCCACAGGAAUAGAGAGACCAAAUUUAGACUAA